GAUUUUUAUUCAUUCGCCGCUCAACCAGCCAACUGAAUUGAUCGUUUUGAGUUUAUUUCAAGUGCGCUCUUAUUUCAACUAAAUACGAAACAGAAUCGGUUUUGAUAUUCAACAAAAUUCAACAAGCAACUAAAGUCAAACUGGAAGUUUUGCCGUGAAAUCCAGUGAAAUUCACCAAAAGCAAAAAAGAAAGAAAGAAAUUUUUUGUUUCGAACAAAAAAAAGAAGUUUAUUUUUGAAGAAAAAAAAGUUAAAAAAAAAUAAUUUCAUACAAAAUGUUCGGAAAAUCAAGUGAAAAGUACUUAUUGAUUGCUGGUGUUUUCGCCAUCGUUUUGAUUGAUACCUGCUAUUCGUCAACAUUCAUCACACCGCCAAUCCAGCAUCCGGAAUACCCAGGCAAAUGCUUUGAACCAGUCACAAUGCGCCUCCUCAACCCCGGCCAAGAUGUCUUUUUGCCAAUUGGCUGCAUGAAAUUGACAUGCCUAAACCACUUUGGUUUUGCUGGUGCUGGAUGUGCAUCAACUGAAGAAGCCAUUGGUAAAAAUUGCCGUGAAGUUGAAGGAGAUCGUACGAAAAAUUAUCCAAAUUGUUGUCCACGCAUCGUAUGUGACGAAGAUCAAGACAGCGAUCUCUUUGAGUAUGGCACCAACUCACUGUAAACAACAAUGGAUAAAGCACUCAUAUCGUUCCCAUCACAUCUCUCAUAACCAUUUGAACGAGCAAAGCGGGCGUGAUUAAUUUUUAAUGUGAUUUUUUUUCCUCUCUUCAUGACUUAUUGUUCUGAAACCACGCAAAUGGAUUGCAUUGGAUUCCUUCUGUUGUGGUUGCGCAUGAGCAAUAAAUAUUUCAAAUGCAUAUUUAUUUAAUGACAUUUCAAAGACAAUCAAAUCCAGAGAACAAAACGAAGAACGAACAUCGUCUAUGAUAUUCGUACAAAAUUCAUAUCAUUGUGCUGCUUAGCAAAGGUGCAAAGGUGCAUUUUGCUACGUAGCUCAAAUUUAUAAAGCAAAAAAAAAUUGUUUAUUGUGAUGUUUUAUCGUAGAAAUCGUAUCAUUUAAUUUAUAUACACACAUGCACACAUAUGCAUCAAAUCGUUUGCAUUAAUUUAAUCAUCAAAUCUAUUUAAAAACCGAAACGCAAAAAAAAUCUUUCACAAAAGAGAAUUAGUAAUUUAAGCAAAAAAACAAAAUAGAUUAAGAAAUGAAUGUAUAUGUUGCGAAAAGCAACAAAAAUAGUAAAUGCUAAAACGCAUAAAAUAAACCUUUUAAAAUGAACAAAACAAA